CGUAGAUAAGGUGGCUAUGAAAAAUCAAUACAAUGAUGCCAAUAAGACAAGCUAUAAGGUUUUCGAGCUCGCGGCAAUUGGACGUCCAGUUACAAGAUAUAAAGCAGCGCACUUUACUCUGCAAGAAGAGGCACACAUGCUUCUUUUCGGGCUUUCUUCCAUCGAUAUCAAAGUUCAAAGAGCUCUAAAAUGGCCGGCGCACUCUACCUAAGUGCUCUUUCUAGCGUCGUACUUAUUGUCGUUGCCCAGUAUGCCAAUGGCACUAUCAUCGAGCCGGCAGCAGUAGCAUCACCAUCAACACUCGUCGAUGCGGGAAAUAUGGAACGUCAGGCCAGUGGAACGACAGGACAGCAUCUCCAAAAACGGAGCUGCACCAAGGAUAGCUGGGAAGGUGGCGAGAUUCUUACCAAGCCUGCUGACAACGUCCAAAUCGUGAUAGACUCGGUGUCUGGACCGGCAUCUGUCACAGUGACCAAAGAUCGCACUCAGAGUUGGAGCACCUCCAUGAGCAUUGAAAUUGCCGACAUACACAGUCUCGGUGUCAGCGCUGACUUCAACGAAUCAGUCAGCUCCGGCAGCCCAGUGUCUAUCACUAUCCCCGAAGGUCAGAGUGGAGCACUCGGGUUCACAGCGACAUUGUCGUGCAGCACUGGAAUGGGCCAUUGCGAUAGUGGUGACAUGAAGGGCGAAGUUUGCUGGCCUACGAUGAAUGGAGACGAUGUGGCGGGAACGUACAGCGUUAUAGUUGAAUCUUAG